UUUAAGCAAAAAUCGUAUAAAAGAUUGGAAGCAAUUGGGAAUCGUUUCAAAAUUAAUUAUUGACUCGUGUCACUGUUUCAUAUUUUUGUAGUGAGCUGUAAUUGUUGGAUGUUCGAUUGUACUUAAUUCGAGUGUUUAUAACAUAUUUGAAAGAAAUGAAAGAACUGGUUGCCGUUGGGGCUAUAGUUCUAUCCUAUGUACUAUUUCCACUUGUCAGCGGUCAAAACUGUCAAUUAGCACAGGAUGCUCUUAUGGCAAGCCAAAGAAAGGGACAAGCAGAAUCAUUGAACCAGAACGAUCUAUUUCCUGAGCUUUACAAUUCAUUCGUUACGGCAAAUGAUCCAGCAAUUGGGUCGUCAUUGGAAGUAAUUCACCCACAAUUGUAUUGGAAUGCGUUUCAAAAGGCUACAAUAGUUUUGCGUGCUGUUGAAUUUAUAAAUCAGAAUGUGUCUACUGGCACAAAAUGUGAAGAUCUACGACCGUACACUAACUGUUUCCAGUCAUCAGAAAUCUGCUAUGAUUUGGACGAUUCACAGUGUGAUACGAGUGCGCUAUAUCGGGAACCGGGUGGAAAAUGCAAUAAUUUGAAGAAUUCAAAGCUUGGAACUAAAUAUGCAGCCUAUGGUCGGCUAAUACCAUCAACUUAUUAUGACUGUGUGCAUAAGGAACGUAGAACGUACAUGCGUAACGAGGAAUUGCCAUCACCACGACAUAUCGGAAAUAUUUUAACUGAACUUGGUUACGCAGCAUUAUGGCCUCCUGUACAAUCUGUGUUGAACAUAUUUGCCGGCUUCUUUGCGCAAAUCAUCACGCAUGACGUUGGAUCUAAGGUCAACGUACAACGAAAGAACGCAGUAGGUCCGGGAAUUGAUUGCUGUGCAAGUGGUCGAAGAGUGUCUGACGAUAUCCUUCAUUCGGCAUGCCAGCCGAUGGAUGUUCCAGGCGACGAUAACUUUUACUCAGAGUUUAAUCAAAGAUGCUUGAAUUUUGUCAGUUCGCAAGUAAUAUUUUCGAACGAAAAUUGUAAGAUUGGGCCAGCAGAACAGACCAAUUCAGUAUCUUCGUUCCUGGAUCUUACAAUUGUCUACGGUGACGACAAAGCAACCGAAAAUCGACUUAGAAGCCGAAAAGAUGGUCAGAUUCUUACUAACGCAAAAAAUGUGUUACCAGAACGUUCACCGUGUUCUCAAUCACCAUGCUACUUUUUGGGUGACGGUCGGCUAAUACAAACACCUAUGUUAGCACAAUUGCAUUCACUACUUCUUCGACUACACAAUCUGAUAGGACCACAAAUAUCCUCCGAUGAUGAGAUCGCCUAUCAGGAAGCCAAAAGACUGACAAUAGCACUGUACCAACACUUGAUCUAUAACGAUUGGCUACCAAUAGCUUUGGGUUCGGAUGAGUCAAAGGAGUAUCGUUUGACGUGUGACACAACUAAAGGAAAUUGUGGCAAAUACAAUCCGAAUGUCGAUCCGAGCACAACGAAUUGCUUUGCACAAGGUGCUUUUCGUGUGUUUCAUAAAGCCAUGCCUUCAAAGAUAAACUUGUAUGGACGCGAUCAAAAGAUUAAAAUGUCACACCCCUUUUCCGACAUGAAUUCAACGAGGAUGAUCGAUCUGGAGGAGCGAUAUGACGAUUUGGUUAGAGGCCAAAUAUUUGAUCCAUUAUUUUUCGGCGGCUUCAGCAACGAAUUGCGAAAUUUAUUUGCGAAAAAUCCCAGUGGAAUGGGAGUUGAUCUGCACAGCAUCGACAUUAAACGUGCGCGAAACCACGGUGUACCGUCAUUCGUCGACUACAUACCCUAUUGCACGAACAGACUCGCUCGCAUCAGCAGCUGGAGCGAUUUGUAUCCAUAUUUUAAUCGAGAUUCAUUGGAAACAUUGCAAACGGUUUACGAAAGUCCAAAGGACAUUGACCUUCUGGUUGGAUUAAUCGGCGAACGAAGAAAUGACCGAUAUGCGAUGUUUGGAAAAAUUGGAUCUUGCAUCGUAGCCGAACAGUUCAAGCGGUACAAAUUUGGCGACAGAUUUUUUUACCAAUGGACUGAUGGCCUUUAUCCAUUUACUCAACGUCAAUUGCGAGAAAUAGAUCGCUUCACACCGGCUACUUUUCUAUGUUUAGUUACGGAUGUUGAGUCUGUGCCGCAGAAUGCAUUCCUGACUCCAAGUAGAACCAAUCCAAUGGUGAGGUGUGAUUCCAUACCAAAAUUCAAUUUUGCUUUGUUUUCCAAGCAUACAACUGAAUAAAUACCAAUGAGAAUA